AUGACACUGGUGCCUAAAGGACCUUGGUUUCUUGCUGUUUAUGUGAGGGAUGUCUUGAGCAGGUUAGACGAAGUGAAGGCAAAGAUAACCUCUACCUUUGGCUCAGUCCUUAAAAUGGAGUCAACAAAGAAGGUAAUAGCUUAAUAAGAAUUUUUUCAUUUUUCAAUUGUAAAUAAUUAUUAUUAUGGUGGACUCCUCUUAUAAAACAGUGAAAUUUGAUGGGGGAGGGUGCCUAGUAACUUGGAACCUAAAACUAUGUCAGCACAGUAAUUAAAGUUUGUUGAUUAAGACAGUAAUAAAAACCUUGCAGAGAGAAAUAAUAUUAAAUGGAAUAAUGACUAUUAAAUAAUAUUUUUUGGAAAUGCAUGUAUCUACACUAGCAUAUUUUGGGCACUUUCAUUUUCUGUGUAUGCAUUGCAGUGUUAUAUUUUUCAAAAUGUUUUAAGAAUCUUUCUUCUUGCACAAUUUUGCAGGUCACUAAAAAGCUUGGAGGAAAUGCUGCUGGAACAGCUUCUUGGGCCACAAAUGUGGGCAAUGAGCUUGGCCAGCUGGUACUGUCAUCUGUCUUGACAGAUUCGGAAGGUGAUGGUCUUGGCGACAUGGUGACUGACUUGGUAGAGAGAUACAGAAACUCUGAUGUACUUCCACCAAAACUUCUGUAUGUGGAUCGAGAUUGCUGUUCUAAAAAGUUGAAGAGCCAUUUCCAUGAGUGGAGAAAUCUGGUCAUACAUCUCGAUGUAUGGCAUUUUAUGAGACGGUUUGCUGCUGGUUGCUGUUCAGAAUCCCAUGCCCUGUAUGCUAACUUUAUGUCUCGACUAUCUGCAUGUCUGUUUGAGUGGAAUACCAAAGACCUUCAAAGAUUAUAUGCAGCCAAAAGGGGUCAACUCUCUGCCAGUGGGGUGUGGAGAAAACGGAAAGAUGUUGCUAUGCAUAUAACCAAGAAAGAACUGGCCUUGCACUGCAAACGACGCACACGGGGCGUGGAGGAAACAACUCGUCUCAUCAAAGAUCUAUUUGACACAUUUUCUUCUGACAAAGGGAACGAUACCAUGGGUAUACCUCUGCUGAACAAAACAUCAAUUAUCCAGCAGAUAUGGGAGGAGCAGAAACAGCACAUUUCAUGCAUACAGGACGUAGAUGACCCUUCCAUUCAAUUGUACACCCAGACUGGUACAUUGAAGAAGGGUGGUGUUGAGCUUCCCAUUUACAGGUGUGCCUGA